AUGACGUCCCCACCACCAAGCUGGAGGCCAAAGGCCAUUAUAUUCGACCUCCUUACCGCCCUGUUGGACUCUUGGACUCUAUGGGAUGCGUGUACUCCGUCUGGGACCGCAUCAGAGGGCCGACUUUGGCGUGCGCGCUAUUUGGAACUUACCUUCAGCGCUGGCGCUUACGUCCCAUAUGAGCAGCUUGUUCACAAAGCCGCAAAGGAUGUUGGCCUGCCUGACUCGGCUCCCAAGGAAUUACUGGAAAACUGGGACAAACUGCAGCCAUGGCCUGAAUAUGCACAGGUAUUGGAGCAGCUGAGGCUGAAGGGUUAUAAGCUCGGCGUAGUAACCAAUUGUUCGCGACGUCUGGGAAAUAUUGCGGCGGGUAUAAUUGGAAAUUUUGACUCAGUUGUCACGGCUGAAGAGAGUGGCUUCUAUAAGCCUGUCGGAAAAGCUUACCAAGCUAUCUUGACGACUAUGGGCGUUCAGGCUCAAGACGCAUUGUUUGUUGCAGGCAGUGCAGGGGAUGUUGAGGGCGCAACAAAUGCUGGCAUGAAAGUCGUUUGGCAUAACAAGAUUGGGUUACGGAGAAAGGGUCAAUCGGUCCCACUCAAGGAAGCUACGAGUCUAGAGAAUGCUCUAUCAGACUUUAUGUAA